UUUCCUUUGGUCCUCGUAUAACUGACAUGAACAACCAACCACGAUGCCACGAAUCUCCUUUUGAUUCCUUCACAAGAAACCUUCACCGCAUUGAAGCAGGGAGAAGAUGUUCUCGUUCGUUGGUUUCGUCUUCCUCUCCGGAGUUUUCCUCGGAAUCGUCGCCAUCUUGGCCGCCGAAGCUGCCGGAUUGAUGUAUCUCGUGAACCGAUUGAACCGGAAGAGAGGUUCUAAACCCGCCUCUGAUCCAUCCACCGAUGAUGUCGUCAAUCCUCCAGCCGAUUUCUCUCUCAACAAACAGGGAAUGGUUUGGAUUCUGGAGGUGGAUGAAGGUGUUAAGAACUGGGGAAAGGAGAAGGUACCAAAGGAGCACAAGAAGAAGAGAGAUUUCUUGGAGGUUCAUCCUCUUCGCAAGUUCGCUAGGAUCAAAGAUCACAAGCUGAUCUUAUCAGAUGCUGGUUCUGAUAGCACUCCGGCGAUAGUUUCUUUAAAAUGCUGCUCUGUUGAAGCUGUUUCAGGGUCUCAUCUCCCUACCAGAAAAUGGGCGAAAAGGUUUCCUAUAAAAGUUGAAAGCAAGAUAUCUUCAGAGUUAUACAAGGGAAACAAGGUGUUUUACAUCUAUCUCGAGACUUCUUGGGAGAAGGAAUCGUGGUGUAAAGCUCUUCGUCUUGCUGCUUGCGAUUCUCCGGAAAGGUUUAUUUGGUACUCUACUAAACUGCAACAAGAGUUUCGCAGCUACGUCACGUCUCUCAAUGUUGCGUAUCAUUCGUUUAUGAAACCAUCCGCUGGGUUUAGCUUUGAGACGUUUGACAAAGGGAACAGAACUGAUGGUGGUGGUUCUUCAAAGGUUCGUUUGUUCUUGAAGAGGUUUUCAAGAAAGCGAUCGCAUCGGGAAGAUAGGAAAAACUCUGUGCGUUCUUACCAAGAUUCGCAACAUGGAAGUAGCUCAGGGAGGAGCGGUUCUGGAAGGAAGACGGGAGAUUAUAGCGCUGAUGAAGCUGAUGUGCCUAUCUUUUCACGUUCUGUGAGCCAUAGCAGCAGUCAGAUCUCUGGGGUUUCAGAUGGAGACUCUGAAGAGAAGUUCGACAUGGAUGAAGGGACGUUGGCGUGGAACUUGCUGAUCUCUAGGCUGUUUUUCGAUCUCAAACGGAAAACAGGAGUGACGAGCUCAGUGCAAGCACGAAUCCAGAGAGUGUUAUCCAACAUGAGGACUCCAAGCUACAUAGGCGAGUUAAUCUGCUCCGAUGUUGACACUGGAAACCUCCCACCUCAUAUACAUGGUACUCGGGUUCUUCCAAUGGAGAUGAGUGGUGUCUGGGCGUUCGAACUAGAUAUUGAAUACUCUGGUGACGCGAUGAUUGACGUUGAAACAAGGGUUGAUAUCCGUGAGGUUGAUCUGCAAAAAGGUAUAAACGACACAAGGUUGCACCCAAGUUCUGCAGGGGAAGUCUCGUCAAACCAUGUUGGAGGUGUUGAAGAUUUUGAAAAGCAAUUAGUACAAAAUGGUGGAUCCAAUAAAACAGAUGAAUCCAAGGGAUCAAAAGGAACGAAGACAUCUCCAAAUGGUGUAUCUAGGUGGAAGUCUAUUAUUAAAAACAUUGCUGAACAAGUUUCCCAGGUGCCUAUCUCUUUGUCAAUACGGGUGUCUUCUCUUCGAGGGACACUGAGGGUACACCUGAAGCAGCCUCCUUCUGAUCAGUUAUGGUUUGGAUUCACGAGCAUGCCCGAUAUAGAAUUCGAUCUCGCAUCUUCUGUUGGGGAACACAAAAUCACCAACAGCCAUGUUGCUAUGUUCUUGAUCAACCGGUUUAAGAGUGCAAUAAGAGAAACAGUGGUUCUUCCAAACUGUGAAAGCCUAACGAUUCCUUGGAUGAUUGCUGAAAAAGAUGAUUGGGUUCAACGCAACGCCGCUCCAUUCAUGUGGAUGAAUCAAGAAAGCGAUCACAAUAGCUCACAUGCAACAGAAGCGAAAUCUAAAUCCGACAAGCCACCCACUUGUUCCUCCUCUGUUCACUCCGAGCAAAUGCAGAAGACUAUAAACGUCACUCAGAAGCCGAUUAUUCCUGAACCAUCUUCCUCCUGUGCUCAGUCCGAACAAGUGCAGGAAGCUGCCAGUGCCAUUCAGAAACCGAAUACUGAAGCAAAGGCCAUGUCUACGCCAUUGUCAAGAUCAUCCACAACCGUUACAUUACCAAGUGACAAAUCCCGGGAAGAACUGAAAACUCCAUUACUGCGACCGAGCAGCAGUGAAAAGCAGUAUACAAACUCAAGAGACUGGACCGGAGAGAUGACUGCUGCUCAGUCACCAUCUAGGUCAAUACGUUCAAGCGAUGAAGAUGAUUCAAGCGGGAAGAAACUGGGAAGGAGAGCAAGGAUGCUGGGUCUUGGGAAGAAAAUGGGGGAGAAGUUGGAGGAGAAGAGGCGUCACAUGGAGGAAAAGAGUAGACAGAUUGUUGAAAAGAUGAGAGGACCUUCUUAACAUAGAGAAGGAAUAAAGCUUUUUGCAGGUUUCAUAUACAUAAAGCUAAUUUAUAGAAACACAGGAAGUUAGGCAUUGUUACAUGUACAGCUCCUUGAGAGAAAACCAUCAAUGCCUCCAUUUUUUUAUCCUUUAUUUUUAUUUUGAUAAAUUACAA